AUGGAUAUCUCUUUACUCUCAAAUCAAAUCUCUACAUCUCCUCGCACCUUUCCCGAUUGCUGCCUAGCCAUAUCCAGUAUCCUGGUGACCCGCCUGGCUACUCUAUUGCCGUCCAAACCUGCAUUUGCCAUUUCAGUGGGGAGUGGAUCUGGCCUUCUUGAAGCGCUGAUAGCACAUCGCCAUCCGAGCAUCCAAAUAGAGGGAAUUGAAGUCGACUUGGCUGUCAACAGAUAUCUGCCAGAAGAGAGCAUUGACACCAUUAGGGGGACAUGGGACAUCCAUUCUAGAGCAGCGCAGGCGAGCGCUUGGAUGUUUGUUUACCCACGUCAACCCAAGCUAGUCGCUAAAUAUCUUGACACAUACGGCGAUCAAAGAGUCGAGUUGAUUCUCUGGUUAGGCCCACGGAUAGAUUGGGCUGACUAUGAGGCCUACUUUCAUCAAUCCCUAUUUACGGAGUUGAGCUUCCCCGCUGAUACUGGAUUGACACCAUAUGAGAUGUUAGUUAUUGCGCGAAGACAGCACAUCUAG